CGUCUCAGAAAUUAUCUUAAUGAAAACAAAUGUUAUAAUAAAAACUGUUUGAAUAUCAAGAGACAGGCAUUAUCACACCACUAGGUGGAUUAAAAACUUAAUUUUUUAAUUCAAUUUGAGAUUGUGGUUUCUAUCGUAGCCUGAACUCCCUCUGUUGGGUAGUUUUACUGAAAGAACGAAUGAAAGGUGACAUCUUAAAAAUUUACACGAAAGUUAAAAAGCUCAACCGUUGGGCAUUUCCACUCUGUGUAGUAACGUAAUAAUCAAAAGAGAAAGUCUAGAGAACGUAAACAACGAGAAACUGUCAAGAACACUUUGACAGAUUGGACUUUUUCUUAUGUUUGAUGCUCUCUUUAUGUUUAUCCGGCUUUUUCGAGGUAUCUGUUUGUAAAUUAAUCAUUCAUAAUUGUUAAAAAUUCAACGAAAUGAGCAAUAGCAAAAGAAAGGGAUUUGAUAAAGUUCCCGAUCAAAUCUGUCAAUAUGGAACGGACUGUUAUCGCAAAAAUCCAAACCAUUUCAAGGAAUUUUCUCACCCACAUUUAGAAUCAAUAGUUAGUGAUGCUCCAUCUAAGGAUAGUUAUAAAAUUCCUGAUCAUCUCUCUAUGAGUAGAGAGGUUGUUGGAGAGCAAUUGAAGAUUGUAGCACAAAUUUAUCCAGAACUUUUGAAUAACAUCCAACCAUCAACGAAGGUAUUGAAAAAUUCGGCAAUUCACGAUGAACAGCUUUCAUCCUGUAGUACUCCGAAACCUUCUUUGGCUAAUGAAAAAAACGUCAACAUUGAUACUUCACGGCCAAAUGCCGUUACGGAUCUUUUUGCUGAACGUCGUGCUAAAAUGUCCAAACAGUAUGCAGAAAAUAAAUUAUCUGAAGUGAAGCAAACACCUAGCACUGCUCAUGCAGGUUCAAACGAUCCUUCAAAACCAGUAGGAAUAUCGUUGAAAAAAGUGAUACCACGUAAUAUAAACGAUUAUUAUCCGGUAGUGGCACCUCGUGGACAAAUGGCGAAAAAAUUGGAAUCUGCUGCUCCAUACAACUUUUUUCUUACAACAAUCACCGAUGCCAAGGUAACUCACCGGGAACCACUAUCGAUAACGUUUCAGGAAUUACUCGACAACAGCUUGGGAGACUUAGAAUCAUCUGUACAAAUGAAUUUUAUGGUAGAUAUUGGAUGGCUUUUAGGGCACUACUUCUUCGCUGGCUACGAGGAUCGCCCACUGUUAAUUUUGUACGGAGAUGAAACACCGGAAUUGAAAACGGUAUCAUCCAAGAAACCGAAUGUAACAGCUGUGAAAGUGCACAUUGCAACGCCUUUUGGAGUACAUCACACCAAAAUGGGGCUGUACGCAUACACGGAUGGUUCCAUGAGGAUUGUCGUUUCAACUGCUAAUUUGUACGAAGACGAUUGGCACAAUCGAACGCAGGGACUUUGGGUGAGUCCAAAGCUACCACCGGUUCCUGAGGAUGCUGACACCGGAUUUGGAGAAAGUGGUACAGGAUUCAGAGGAUGCUUGAUUUCGUAUUUGAAUGCCUACAAAAUAUCUCAACUGCAGCCAUGGGUUGCAAGAGUGCAAAAAACUGAUUUUUCAGUAGUUAAUGUGUUCUUGGUGGCAUCGGUUCCUGGUGGUCAUCUGAAUACUCCGAAGGGUCCACUUUGGGGACAUCCCCGAAUGGGGUAUCUACUUGGGCAACAUUCUGCCCCAAUUGAUGAUACAUGUCCGCUUGUGGCACAAAGUUCCAGCAUCGGUAGUUUAGGACCGAAUCCUCAGUCUUGGGUUUUGUCAGAGCUCAUGGCAAGUUUUAGGAGAGAUUCUGUCCCAAUUGGUUUACGAAGAAUACCCGCUUUCAAGAUGAUUUUUCCAAGCUUCAGUAAUGUUAGGAAUAGUCACGAUAAUCUACUAGGGGGAGGAUGCCUGCCUUAUAUGAAGGCCACUAACGACAAACAGUUGUGGCUCAAGGAUCAUCUUCAUCAGUGGAUAAGUGAGUCCAGAAACCGAACGAAGGCGGUGCCUCACAUCAAAACGUAUUGUCGGUGGUCGCACCGUGGUCUCUAUUGGUUCCUGUUGACGUCUGCGAAUCUGUCCAAAGCGGCAUGGGGAGUUUACAACAAAUCUGCCAAAUUUGAGGCUCCAUUGAGAAUAAACAGUUAUGAGGCGGGAGUUUUGUUCCUGCCAAAAUUUGUGAUAGGUGAUAACUUUUUUCCAAUGGAUUCUAAAGCGGACCUGCAGCAUGCUCCGUUUCCGAUGCCGUAUGAUGUUCCCAUCAUUCCUUAUGCUCCAGAAGAUAGUCCAUUUUUUAUGGAUUAUUUAAGACAAUAAUUAUAGGUCCAGUUUAGGAGUUAUUCUGCAAAAUAAAAUAAAAUGUUUUUGUUUUGUA